AUGGCGGCUCUGCUGAAGUCUAAGUACGAGAAUGCAAUAGUUGGUCCACGUGCGAGUGAGCUACCUGCGAUUGUUCUCUCCGAAUAUAAUAUUACAGCCUCAUACUGGAAAUGCAGGAAAGCUAAGGAGCUGGCUAUAUACUCUGCUCACGGAACAGAGGAGACUUCUUUCAAAUUAUUACCGAUUUACCUCCAUGUGCUCAAGUAUGCUAACCCCGGCACCAUAACGCAUUUGAUAACCGAGAGAGAUGAAAUAGAUGGAAAAGGUAUCACCAGGUUUAAAUCUGUAUUUAUGGCAUUGGCUGCAUCUAUAUCUGGAUGGAAACAUUUGAAACAAGUAGUUGUUGUUGAUGGGACUCACCUGACUGGUAAGUAUAAGGGUUGUCUAUUAACGGCCAGUGGACAAGAUUCUAAUUACCAGGUUUUUCCAAUAGCGUUCGCCGUUGUCGAUGAAGAGUCUGACCAGACAUGGAGGUGGUUCUUUGAGAAGUUGGUAGACAUUAUUCCAGAUUCCUGUGAUCUUACUAUUAUCUCGGAUAGGCACAGUGGAAUUGCCAAAGAUAAAAAGAAAUUGUAUCGACAGUCACACCACGGUGCAUGUCUUGUCCAUAUCCAGAGAAAUGUUCACGGUAAAUACAAAGGUUCCGAUCAGAAAGGGUUGGUCGGAAAGGCUGGAGAAGCGUUCACAGUUUCUAAUUUCAAGAAACUAUACGCAAGGCUGAAGGAUGUUGAUUAUCGUUGUUGGGAGUACAUGGAAAAAAUCCCUCUUGCACCGUGGACUAGAUCACACUUUUCUGGUCAGAGGUAUAAUAUGACCUCCAGUAACAUUGCGGAGUCUCUGAACAAUGCAUUAUUCGCAGCAAGAGACAGUCCAAUUUUUGCAAUGCUAGAAUUUAUCAGGCGAAUGUUAAGUAGGUGGCAUGAACGCAGAAGAGAGAAAAUUCAAAAGAUGGAUGGUGACAUUCCAGAAGAAGUUGACAAGUUAAUGAACCUGCAGCUUGGAAAAUCUGCUGCACUAUCAGUUCAAGGCAUUUCUUUGUGGGAGGUUGAAGUGAGUUCUGAGUUCGGUGUAAGGCGGCAUGUUGAUCUCCUAAAAAAAAUAUGCUCAUGUCUAGAGUUUCAGACAUUGAAAUACCCUUGCCGACAUGCAAUGGUCGCGGCUAGGCUUCGCCAAGUAGAGUACAACAGUUUGGUUGAUCCAAUUCUUAAGAAAUCAAUUUGGAGUGCAACAGUUUGUGGCAAAAUCCUACCAGUGCCUGACCCUGACGACAUUCGUAUCCCAGCAGAGGUGCGUGACCUGAAUAUUAUGCCACCUAAGUCAAAACGUCAAUCAGGAAGGCCUACGACGAAGAGGAAACUUUCAGCAGGAGAGUAUCCUCAGAUUAGUGUACACUAA